AUGAUGAUGACUGUUUUGAUAACUGAGGAUCCUGGGAGGUCAAUCGAUGUUUACUUAAGGCCGCUGGUUGAUGAGCUGAAGGAUUUGUGGACAAACGGUGUUCGCACGUACGAUAAAUCAACUGGGAAGAUGUUCACUUUGCGGGCAGCAGUUAUGUGGACUGUGAAUGAUUUCCCAGCAUAUGCAAUGGUUUCUGGGUGGAGCACAAAAGGUUAUAUGGCAUGUCCUGUAUGCAAGGAAGAUGUAACUUCUGGUUGGCAUGCUGGAAAAGUUUGUUACCUUGGUCAUCGGAGAUGGUUGCCAUGGGACCAUGAGUGGAGGGAAAAAGAUAAAGAGUUCGACGGGAACACUGAGCGUCGCCUUAGACCCAGAGAAUGGUCCGGUGAUGAGAUAUUGGACCAGCUUAACCGGUUGGAUUUUGCUCCCUUCGGGAAAACAGUUAGUCGUAUCAGACCUUCUACACAUAUGAACUGGACGCACAAGCCUAUGUUUUUUGAGCUCCCAUAUUGGUCGAAACUAAAAUUGAGGCACAAUCUAGAUGUGAUGCAUGUUGAGAAAAAUGUAUUCGACACAUUGGUGGGCACGAUUCUAGAUAUCGAGGGGAAGACAAAGGACACGAUCAAAGCUCGUCUUGAUUUGGAAAGAAUGGGCAUACGAAGGGGUUUAUGGAUGAAUAGGGACAAUGAUAAAGCUAGAAGGGAUCUUGCAUUCUUUUCUAUGAAACCGAAUGACAAGAAAGAGUUUCUAAAGUUUGUAUCGUCAGUAAAGUUUCCCGAUGGGUAUGCUUCUAAUAUCGCACGUUGUGUGAAUGUUGACGGGGGUAAAUUUACUGGACUUAAAAGCCAUGACUGCCAUGUGUUUAUGCAACGCCUACUUCCUGUUGGUAUUCGACACCUAUUGCCGGAAGAUGUAGUGAAGCCAAUCAUUUUGUUGUCCAGAUUUUUUUCCCAACUGACGGCGAAAACUUUGCGAAAAACGGACAUGUUUCAGUUGCGCCAUGACAUUGUCCAAGUCCUAUGCAAGUUUGAGAUGAUAUUUCCUCCAGCUUUCUUCACAAGUAUGAUGCACGUGAUGGUUCACUUGCCAGAAGAGGCAUUACUUGCUGGUCCUGUCAACUAUCGCUGGAUGUAUCCAAUAGAAAGGCUUCUCGGAGAGCUGAAAAAAAGUGUACGCAACAGGGCGAAGCCCGAAGGAUCAAUCGUAGAGGCUUGGGUUCAAUAUGAGUCGCUUACUUUCUGCGGAAUGUAUUUAAAAGAUGUGGAGACGGUUUUCAAUCGUCCUCAGCGCAAUCAUGAUGGAGGUAUGAGAAAUGAAAAACUUUCUGUUUUUGCCCAAAGCGCACGACCCUUCGGAGAUCCUGGACGCGGAGAGUCGUUUUCUAGAAAUGACAUGGAGGUAGCGCAUUGGUUCGUACUGAACAAUUGUGAUGAGAUCAUGGGAUACUUAUAUGAGCAUGAAGAGAUGAUGAAGCGAGAACAUCCAUCACAUUUGGUUGCCCAGAAACACCGUGAAUUGUUUCCACAAUGGUUUUUGGAUUCUGUGAAUAAGUUGAAAUCAUCGAAUUCCCCAACUUACAGUGAUGAGUUAUAUAACUUGGCGUUCGGCCCGAUUCGCGCUGAAUUGUUCUCGGGUUGUAAUGUCAACGGCGUCAAAUUUUUGGCCGAAGCACGAGAUGACAAGUUGUGUACGCAAAACAGCGGUGUCCAUGUCCCAGGUGGAGGCGAAAGUACGGACAUUGAUUUCUAUGGCAAACUCACAACUGUCGUGCAAUUGCUUUACAAAGAUCGAUACCAAGUGAUCAUGUUUAAGUGUCGAUGGUUUGACACCAACCCAAAUAGGCCGGGAAGUGUUAAAAUCGAUCAUGGCUUACUAUCUGUGAACAUGAACAGAACUUGGUAUGAUGACGACCCUUAUAUUUUGGCAAACAUGGCAACACAAAUUGUGUAUCUAGAUGACCCUAAAGCCGGAAGCGGUUGGAACGUUGUUCAAAAGAUGGAUCACAGGAACGUGUAUGCUAUACCAGAACUAGACCCAACUGACAACGACGUCAACAAUGUGGCUGACCAACGUUUAGAAUCUUCAAUGGAAAAUGAUGCGGAAACACUUCGAGAUACUAAUGUUAUACAAGAGCCAUUUCAAAUACAAGGAGUGUCUUCAAUCGAAAUACCGAUUCAGUCAAUUACAAUUGACCUCGGUGAUCUUCCGCGAUAUGAUGUUGCAGUUGGCCCGAGCAACGACGAUGAUGUAGUUAUAGAGGAGGCGGAGGAGGAGGAGGAGGAAGAGGAUUGGGAGACCGAAAGUGAUGAUAGCAACGAUAACGAAAGUUAUUAUAGUUCAGAUGAUGAAUGA